UUCUCGUUUUGGCUCAAGUUUUAGUCCUUUACAACCUCUUGAUGCUUCAGUAGAUUACUUAAUCAUUGGUGGUGGUGUUGUUGGAUUGUCCAUCGCAGAGCGAUUAUCAAAAAGAAAGGGAAAAUCUACCCUAUUAGUUGAAAAGAAUUCUAGGGUUAAUGAAGAAAUAAGUUCACGAAGUAGCGAAGUAAUUCAUUCUGGACUUUAUUACCCAAUUAAUAGUUUAAAAACACGAUUAUGUAUCCGUGGAAAACGACUUUUGUAUUCACUUCUUUUUUCAAACCAUUCUAAUCAAAUAAAUUACAAUGAUUCACCAACUGAUGAUUCUUUUAUAAUAGAUUCUUUAUUAGUACCAAACUCUUUAGACAAUUCAAAAUCUUUAACCAUUCCAUAUUACAGAAUAGGUAAAUGGAUAGUAGCUCAAAAUGAUGAUGAAUACACUUAUUUAACAGCUAUCCAUGAGAAAUCCACAAAUAUAGGGAUUCCAACUUACUUUUUAUCUGAGAAAUUUCAAAAAUCACAAGAACCUCAUGUAAAUGCAUUACAUGUUUUAGUUGCUCCAACUACUGGAAUAUUUGAUUCUCAUGCUUUUAUGAAUUGGUUAGAAUGGAAAAUUAUAGAUAAUAAUGGUGAUAUUUCUGUCAAUUCUAAAGUCACUAAUAUCAUUUCCGGUCAUGAUGGUGAUAAGAGUGGGUAUAUUGUAGAAAUUACAUCUACCUCUUCCACAUCAGCAAAGAUAAAAAUAUUUGCAAAUUCGGUAAUAAAUUCAGCGGGAUUAUGUUCUGAUAAAAUAGCAAAUUUGAUAUUACCUCAUUCACAUCAUUACAAAAUUUAUUAUGUUAAAGGACAUUAUUAUAGGUAUCAUGGUAGUGAUAUCAAAGUUAAUCAUUUGAUUUUUCCUGUUCCCCCAAAAAAUUUGGUAAAUUUGGGAACACAUUUAACAUUGGAUUUAAAUGGUAGCAUUAGGUUUGGACCUGAUGUUUUAUAUGUUCAAAGACCAGAUGAUUAUGGAAUGAGUGACGAUGAGAAUAGGAAAGAUACAUUUUUUAAUGCUGUGAAAACUUAUUUGCCAAGAAUUAAAAAAGAUAGACUUUAUGCUGAUUAUGCUGGGAUUCGACCAAAAUUAUCGGGGCCAGGUGAACCAUUCAGAGAUUUCGUGAUAAAAGAAGAAACUGAAUGUGGACUUGAUAGAUUUGUAAACUUGGUUGGAAUCGAAAGCCCAGGUUUAACUUCUUCCUUGGCUAUUGCUGAAAUGGUUGAUAAUAUUUUGAAAGAUAGAUAA